CACGUGACGCGCCGCCUUGUGACGUAGCGUCAGCUGACUGCAGAGGAAGCUUCAAUCCUCCUCGCGACCUUCAUCGUUUCGGUGUUUUUCUGCGGUUCUGACCCAGUUCUGAUCCGCCAUGGCGAGCCAGUCUCAGGGGAUCCAGCAGCUGCUGCAGGCCGAGAAGAGAGCCGCGGAGAAAGUCACCGAGGCCCGCAAGCGUAAGAACCGGCGCCUGAAGCAGGCCAAGGAGGAGGCGCAGGCUGAGAUAGAGCAGUACCGCCUGCAGAGGGAGAAGGAGUUCAAGACCAAGGAGGCAGCCGCUCUGGGUUCCCAUGGGAACAGCGCGGUGGAGGUGGACCGGGACACGGUGGAGCGCAUGGCUCGCAUCCAGGACAGUUACCGGGGGAACCGGGAGACGGUGCUGAACGAGCUGCUGCGCCGCAUCUGCGACAUCCAGCCGGAGUUCCACGCCAACUACCGCGUGGCGGGCUGAGAGGGGGCGGGGCCAGCCUGAGGGGCGGGGCCAGCCUGAUGGGCGGGGCUUUGAGUUCGUCCAGAUCUGUUGUUGUUAUUUCUUGUGCUGAUGUUUACAAAGUAUUUAUGUUUCAAAAUAAAUCUGUUUGUUGCUUUAAAGCCUUCCAGAAUUCAACAAAAUAAAAUUGUGAGGAAUCCAGCCAAUCGUGUGACGGCCUCACAACUCUGCUGUGAUCUAGAAACCUGAUUGGCUGGAGAGAAAAGUCUUAUUGUGAAACUAGUAAUUCCAUAUAGUUCUCCUGUUUGUGACCAUGUGACUUCCUGUUGCUUGUGACGUGAUGAUGAAACAUUAAAGUGAAUGCUGAUUGGCUGAA